AUUUAAUCACUAUUUGUUUGGGUUUGAGGCCAGACAGACGGGCCAAUAAAUUUUAAACAAAGGACCACGUUUCAGGACAUUCAUCCCGAGGUCAACAAGCAGCAGACUCAAGCCAGACGGUUAAGUGAAAGUUUUUCUGUUGCCAGUCGCAUUUCAAGAGCAGCAGCGACCAGACCAUGAAUAAGCGCAACAACAUACGGCUGCCGCCGGAGGUGAAUCGGCUGCUGUAUGUGCGUAAUUUGCCAUACAAAAUCACAUCAGACGAAAUGUACGAUAUAUUUGGCAAAUUUGGUGCAAUUCGUCAAAUACGCGUUGGCAAUACGCCGGAGACACGCGGCACUGCGUUCGUUGUCUACGAAGAUAUUUUCGAUGCCAAAAAUGCAUGCGACCAUCUGUCCGGCUUCAAUGUGUGUAAUCGCUACCUCGUCGUCCUCUACUACCAGUCCAACAAGGCCUUCAAGCGUGUGGACGUGGACAAGAAACAAGAGGAGCUCAACAACAUCAAGUCCAAGUACAAUUUGAAGACGCCGGAGGCAUCCUAAGAUCAUAAGAAUGCUAUGGAGUAUUUGCAUGCAGUAAAUGGUUCAUUGAACUCUUUCCAAUUUAAUACAAUUUUACCAAUGCUCAAAAACUGCUUUAUAACGAAAAUUUGCUAAACUAUUUGUCCGAA